AUGCUAGGGGAAAAUACAUCAGCACAGACUGGCAAUAGCAGCCCACCAGAGCUCAGUGUGAAACUUCCAGAGUUGAGUGAUCUUCGCACGAUCUUUAAUCCUUGGAAAACUGUUGAACUUCCUGUUGAUGUUCUUUUAUUAACUGUGGAGGACUGUGAGUUCUUAAGCUGCUUUGCCUACCUGAAGGAACCCUUUAAUAGUUACCACAUCAGUACUGGCCCUGUGUACUUUGGGUGCAUGGGUGAUGAUCAAGGAAAGAAAAUGAAAAUUGCAUUGAUGAGGUGCUCCAAAGGUCCUGAUGUUCCUGGGGGUUCCUUGUCUGUUUCAAAAGAUGCCAUCUUGCUACUGAGACCUAAGGCUAUAUUUUCUGUUGGUGCCUGCAGUGGUUUGAACAGCAAAAAGGUCAAGUUAGGAGAUGUAGUUGUUUCAGCAAAGCUGAUAACAGCCACACACAAAACUCCCCCCAGCAGAGAUAUUGGAAACCUGAUCAAACAUGUGGCUGAUGGGUGGAAGGCACCUUUACAAAAUGCAGAUGAAUAUUAUGCCAAAGUGCAUGGUGAUGGAGUGGUUCUAAGUAUCUCAGAGGCCAACAGAGAUAAAAUUUGCCAAUUUCCUGAAGCAAUUGCAGUUGAAAUGGAAGGUGGAGGAGUGUAUGCGGCAGCCCAUGAUUUUAAGACAGAAUGGGUGGUAGUCAAGGGCAUCAAAGACUUUGCAGAUGAAACGCAGUCUUCAAGUAAGAAAUGGAAACAAAUUGCCUGUGUGAUGGCAGCAUCUGUUGUGGCCAAAAUUUUAAACAAUCCAGUCAUAUUCCAAGAUUGGCCUCACUUUAAUGCAGGUGCCAAUGAAUUAUCCUCUCAAGCCGUAAGUGCCUACACUUCAGCUUUAAAGACUUCCAUCAUAGGCCAAACGGAGUUCCAACCCAAACUGCUUGCCUCUCGCACGAUUACCAACGCGAAAACAGACGAAAUAUUCAUUAAUCUUCUCAUGCAACAUGGAAGAAAAGCCCUGAUCAAGAAUGAUUGCCAAAUCAAGAAUUAUUCAAGGAGAAAAGUGCUUGAGUACUACGGAAAAGUUAGCGGUACCCCAGUCAAGCACUCUAGUGAAAUAUUUCUUGGCGUGAUUGAUGAUCAGGAAAGUGCUAAUUCUAUUCUUGUCGUUGGAAAAGCAGGGAUUGGGAAAUCCCUGUUUUGCCAAAAGGUGAUUCGCGAUUGGGCGAACAACAAAUUACUUCAAGCACUAGAAAGCAGUGAAUUUCCCAAUUUAAAGUUUGUGUAUUUGCUCACUUUCCGUCAAUUGAAUUUGCUUGAAAAUAACUAUGUGACAUUAAGAGAAAUCUUAAAUUGUUCUUCGGUACUGGAUGACACAUGUAACAUUGAUGACUCAACAUUUGAGUACAUUGUAAAUCAUCCCAGGGAAGUAAUGAUAAUUCUCGACGGCUAUGAUGAGUAUUCUCAGAAAACCAACAUCGCUGGAAACUCGGAAGGACGGCAUCCCAAUAACGCUAGAUGUAAAAUGCCGGUGGCCGCAUUGUGUUCAAAACUCAUCAAUGGAAAAAUCUUGAAAGGGGCUAUCGUCAUGAUUACCUCGCGUCCUGAUGAAUCGGACGAGAUGGGAGGAAUCCGUUUUAAACGAUAUGUGGAAAUUGCAGGAUUUUCGUCGGAACAAGUCAAAGAAUACGUUGAGAAAUACUUCCAGAAAAACGAAAAUAUGAAGAACGCUGUUUUUAAACAUGUCAUGAACAAUGAGAACCUUGUGAGUUUUGCUCAUAUUCCUAUGCUCUGUUAUCUGUUGUGCUUUGAGAUGGAGUAUACCCUAACCGAAUCAGAAAAUCCUGAUGACCUUCCUGUCUCAACAACCGACGUUUACACCAAACUUAUUGAAAUAUUUGAACUUAAGCACUACGCCGAGUCAGAAUACAGACAGAAAGAAAUUCCUGAGCAAUUCAAGGCCCCUCCUGUCAUCAAGAACACUUUAGAUAAAUUAUCAAAGCUAGCGGCUAAACUGUUGGUUGAAAGAAAGCCAACUUUUGAUGAAAGGGAGAUGGAAGGCGAUUUUGAAGCGGAAGAAGUCAGCAAACUGAAAGGUAGCGGUCUUCUUUACUGUGGUCAGCCUUUCAGGACUGCACUGAUUACAACCACGAAGCACUUUAGCUUCACACAUCUAACCGUCCAAGAAUUCUUGGCUGCUCGUUGGUUUGUUAAGGAAAAUUGUGUUCCAGACGAAGAAUGCUCUAAAAUGGUUUUCCAAUUUUUUGCUGGCGUGUUAUCAAGUGAGGGAAACGAAGAACUGAUGAAAAAACUAUUAGAUUCACCCUUUAUGCAUCGUAAUCUUAAAAUGACGUGUCUGAAUGAGUAUCAAAACAAAGAAUUUGCCAAAAAAUUCAUCAGGAAUAAUCCGCAAGCGUUUUGUAAUUCAGAUGGCGUCAUGGCUUUUAUGGGUUUAUCAGAUAUGGACUGCAUUGGAGUAUCAUUUGUGUUGGACAUUAUGAGUGAACUAAAUAAAGAGGAAGCUGGAGGGGCACAACACAAAUGUUCUGAUAAGUUCGUCACAGUUCAGAAGUUACAACUUAGAGAAUCACAGCUAACACUGUCUGGAAUACAACGAGUCUGUAAUUCACUAAACAAUGAACACUGUCUUGUGUCUGAACUGGAAUUAUUCGAGAUUUACUCUACUGAUGAAUGUGUUGAUGUUAUUAAUAGAUUAGUAGUAAGGAAGUUAACCAAAUUAAGUCUAGUGAUCACUAAGAUCACUGAUACCGGUGUGGCCAGUCUAUGUGAAGCUUUACAGCAUCCAAGCUGUAAGCUAACCACACUAAAUCUGCAGGGCAGUUCUAUCACUGAUACCAGUGUUGCCAGUCUAUGUGAAGCUUUAGAGCAUCCAAACUGUAAGCUAACCACACUAAUUCUACAGGAAUAUAACAUUGCUGAUACCGGUGUCGCCAGUGUAUGUGAAGCUUUACAGCAUCCAAGCGGCAAGCUAACCACACUAAAUCUGGGGUGUAGUUCUAUCACUGAUACCAGUUUUGCCAGUCUAUGUGAAGCUUUACAGCAUCCAAGCGGCAAGCUAACCACACUAAAUCUGGGGUGUAGUUCUAUCACUGAUACCAGUUUUGCCAGUCUAUGUGAAGCUUUACAGCAUCCAAGCUGUAAGCUAACCACACUAAAUCUGACUUCGUCUCUUAGUUCUGAAUAUUGCGAAAUUCUUAAAGCUAUAACUCAGAGACACCGACCAGCUUUAAAUCUGUCUUUUGAGGGUAUUCUAAAUCUUAUAUAG